AUAGUUACUGCUUUGCUUGAGCUGCAGUUGAAGAGGUGGUAGUUAACUGCUGAGGGAUGGGGGUUAGAGAAGCGUGCACCAUCUGACUACCUGUGUGGGAUAUAUGAUGUGCUGUGUGUUAGUUUGAACAUUUAUCCAAAGGAGGGAUGAUGUUUCAUCAUUUCAUGGACACGGCCAAUGUUGCGACUUUCACUGAUAACAUGAAACGAGGCAUUGCAAGUGCCAACAACUCUGUUAUGUGAGGAUGGCUUUGUAAAAACCCUGGCUCUUCACAUUCGUCGGGAUUCCCCGCAAUAUUCUCAACAAGAAAACAAAUCCGCAAAAAUGGACAAUGAAAGUGUAGCACAAAGAUACGAGCCCGUCGCCGAGAUUGGCGAAGGUGCUUACGGAAAGGUGUACAAGGCACGAGAUUUGAAGAACGCGGGACGCUUUGUAGCCCUAAAAAGAGUUCGGGUACAGACGGAGGAGGAAGGGAUGCCCCUCUCGACCAUCCGUGAGGUGGCGGUACUGAGGCAACUGGAGGCAUUCGAACACCCCAACGUGGUCAGACUGUUCGAUGUGUGUACUGUGUCUCGGACCGACCGCGAGACCAAGCUGACCCUGGUCUUUGAGCAUGUUGACCAGGACCUGACCACAUACCUAGAGAAAGCCCCUGAUCCUGGGGUGCCGCCUGAAACUAUCAAGGAUAUGAUGUACCAGCUGCUGCAGGGGUUGGACUUCCUGCACUCACACCGUGUGGUUCACCGGGACCUGAAACCCCAGAACAUCCUGGUCACCAGUGGAGGACAGAUAAAACUGGCCGACUUCGGUCUUGCCAGAAUAUACAGCUUUCAGAUGGCCCUGACCUCCGUGGUGGUGACGUUGUGGUACAGAGCCCCAGAGGUGUUGCUCCAGUCCAGCUAUGCCACCCCAGUUGACCUGUGGAGUGUGGGCUGUAUCUUCGCUGAGAUGUUCAGGAGAAGACCUUUGUUUAGAGGAAGCUCAGAUGUUGAUCAGCUGGGCAAGAUUUUUGAUGUGGUUGGGGUUCCCUCGGUGGAAGACUGGCCCCAGGAAGUUGCCCUACCACAGAGUGCCUUCUCUCCACGACCCCCUCAGCCAAUCGGAAACCUCAUCCCUGACAUGGACGAGCUGGGGAAGUCCCUUAUACUGCAAUUCCUGGCAUUCAAUCCCGCCAAAAGGAUAUCAGCGUUUGCUGCUCUGACCCACCCCUACUUCCAGAGUGUGGAUAGUGACAGUAAGAGUGUGUACACUCAGCCCAUUGCCAGCAACAAGCCCACCAUGGAGGAGAGCGCUGCCUGACAGCCCCCCGUCCCAGGACAAGACAGAGAGAGCGAGAGAGAUGGACACAAAGACAGAGAAAGAGAGCAACAGACAGACAUUUGAUUCUAAAAUGCAACAGUGCUGUCUUCCACAAUGUACUGAUUUGAAUGCUGCUUUUUAGGAUAAUUCUUUUUAAAUUAAAAAAUGUAAACAAUGCAAGGACCCUUAAAGCUGAGAUGUACUGCCACCAGGGGAGAACCUCUGGAUGUCCAGGAGCUGCUGCCUCUUGUAUCUUCUGCCUUAGCCUGAGAAGAGGCUCCUCAGUGAGGGAACACCAAGCACCAAGGGUAGGUCGGCAUGGAUCUCACCUGGAGCUCAUCUCCACGACUGAACUGAGAGAGAGGAUACACACACAUAUGUUUAUCCCAUGCAGGAGGACCUCACACUGCCUAGCGCUGCUUAUGGUCCAAACAUACAUUUGUGUUUUUAUAUCACUGCCAUCUACAGGUAGUCCUGUGUUACUGCAGGCUGGAGCAGGAUUCUGAUGGGAUUCAGCUUAAAAGACUUUGACUGGUGCGAACUAAGCACUCCACAGAACAACUGAAAAUGGAUCACGUUGAGUUCUUCUUAUGGCAUCCAUACUUCAGUGUCAUAAGGUGAGAUGAAAGCUGAUGGACACCAUACAAGAGCCUAUGUGUUACUCUUUCUGAUGACCUGAUCAAUCAAUCAAAUGUAUUUCUAAAGCCCUUUUUACAUCAGCUGAUGUCACAAAGUGCUGUACAGAAACACAGCCUAAAACCCCAAACAGUAAGCAAUGCAGAUAUAGAAGCACAGUGGCUAGGAAAAACUCCCUAGAAAGGCAGGAACCUAGGAAGAAACCUAGAGAGGAACUGAGGGGUGGCCAGUCCUCUUCUGGUUGUUCCGGGUGGAGGUUAUAAGAGUACAUGGCCAUUUAAGGCCAGAUUGUUCUUCAAGAUGUACAAACGUUCAUAGAUGACCAGCAGGGUCAAAUAAUAAUCACUGGUUGUAGAGGGUGCAACAGGUCAGUACCUCAGGAAUAAAUGUCAGUUGGCUUUUCAUAGCCAAGCAUUCAGAGGUUGAGACAACAGGUGCGGUAGAGAGAGAGAGAGUCUAAAACAGCAGAUCCGGGACAAGGUAGCACGUCCGGUGAACAGGUCAGGGUUCCCUAGUCUCAGGCAGAAGAGUUGAAACUGGAGCAGCAGCACGACCAGGUGGACUAGGGACACCAAGGAGUCAUCAGGCCAGGUUGUCCUGAGGCAUGGUCCUAGGGCUCAGGCCCUCCAGGAAGGGAGAGAGAGAGAAUUAGAGGGAGCAUACUUAUAUUCACACAAGACACCUAAUAAGACAGGAUAAUUACACAAAAUAGGACAGACUGAACCUAGCCCCCGGCACAUAGACUAUUGCAGCAUAAAUACUGGAGGCUGAAUGGGGGGGGGAGACACUGUGGCCCUUCCGACGAUACCCCCGGACAGGGCCAACCAGGCAGGAUAUAACCCCUGCACAGCCCCCAAACCUUUAGAACUAUAUCAACAGACCACCAAUUUACUACCCGGAGACAAGGCUGAGUAUAGCCCACGAAGAUCUCCUCCACUUCACGAGCCGGAGGGGUGCAAAACCAGACAGGAAGAUCACGUCAGUGACUUAACCCACUCAAAUGACGCACCACUCCUUGGGACGACAUGGAAGAGCACCAGUAAGCCAGUGACUCAGCCCCUGUAAUAGGGUCAGAGGCAGAGAAUCCCAGUGGAGAGAGGGGAGCCAGCCAGGCAGAGCCAGCAAGGGCGGUUCGUCGCUCCUGUGCCUUGUUGUUCACCUUCUCACCCCUGGGUCAGACAACACUCAAUCAUAGUACCUACUGAAGAGAUAGAUGAGUCUUCAGUAAAGACAGAGGUUGAGACCGAGUCUGCUUCUCUCACAUGGAUAGGCAGACUAUUCCCUAAAAAAAAGCCCUGCCUCCAGCUAUUUUCUUAGAAAUUCUAUGGACAAUAAGGAGGCCUGUGUCUUGUGACCGUAGCGUACGUGUAGGUAUGUACGGCAGGAUCAAAUCUGAGAGAUAGUUAGGAGCAAACCCAUGUAAUGCUUUGUAGGUUAGCAGUAAAACCUUGAAAUCAGCCCUAGCCUUCUCAGGAAGCCAGUGUAGAGAGGCUAGCACUGGAGUAAUAUGAUCAAAUGUUUUGAUUCUAGUCAUUCUAGGAUUCUAGCAGCCAUGUUUAGCACUAACUGAAGUUCAUUUAGUGCUUUAUCCGGGUAGCCGGAGAGUAGAGCCUUGCAGUAGUCUAAUCUAAAAUAAUUUUUGGACAAAAGGUUUCUGAUUUUUGUCUUGAUAUGUUCGUCCUUCUUGAUAUGUUCGUCCUUCACAGUUUUAUUUGAGACGACUAUACAACUAUCAAGCUUAAUUGUCAGAUCCAACAGCAGAUCUCUUUGUUUCUUAGGAACUAGAACUAGCAUCUCUGUUUUGUCCGGGUUUAAAAUAAUUUGCCGCCAUACACUUCCUUAUGUCUGAAACACAGGCUUCCAGAGUAGGCCAUUUUGGGGCUUCACCAUGUUUAAUCGAAAUGUACAGCUGUGUGUCGUCCGCAUAGCACCAACAGGUAGAAUAUAUAGUGAAAACAAUAGUGGUCCUAAAACAGAACCUUGAAGAAUGCCGAAACAUACAAUUUAUUUGUCAGAGGACAAACCAUCCACAGAGACAAACUGAUAUCUUUCCGAAAGAAAAUGACCUGAUGAGCUGAUACACAGAGCAUACUGGAGGGACUACAUGUUGUAUACGAAUAAGGUCGAUGUAUGCACCAUUGUUGACAGUUGAUUUCUUAUUUUCUAUUUUGUCUUAAUUUUACUGGACUUUAAAUCAUGUGUGGGGAUUGAAAUUAAAAAAUGAUAUUGCAAAAUUCCCCGCUAGAAAAUAAAUUACAAGACAAGGUCAAAUCCAAAGGAGGAAAGGUUUGACAAUGUGAGGCAUGUAGAAUGGAUCGGGUAAUGGACUGGUAUAGGCUAGUGCUAGAGACUGCACUUAUCCUGGCAGUAGUGGUGUGACUUGCAUAUCCAGCACACUGGCAUGUGUAGCAGGGUAGCAGUAGUAUGGGUGUUGGUCAGUGAAAUGUCAUUAGUUGUGAGAUUUUGUAUUGAGAAAAGGGAGGUGGAUACGUCGGAUUCGGAGGAUGUUGAACAUUGUACCUUCUUCAUUUGGACUUAGUCUCAGAGGGUUACAUAAAAGCAUACAGGGGUCCAUGUUGAAACACAGCGGUUCUGUGUUAAGAAUGGUUGUUUUAACAAUGAUGCUCACCUUACUUAUUAUGCUCACGUUGAGGAGCACUCCAAUGGCAUAUUGAUUCAAUAUGACUAACUAGAGUGCUUUCAGACUCGGUCCCUCCGAGGAAUUGGCUGAAAACAUGUCAAGGUAAAUAGAGUUAUUUUGUUUGUAAAACUUCUUACUGCACAGUAAUCUAGACCAUAACUUUCACUCUGGUAUAUCUAGUGCUGCUAGCACACAAAUACACUCAGGAUCUUUUUAGAAAUCAAAUCAGAAAUCAUUCUGACACACUUUGCACAUUCAUGAUCAGACUGCAUCAACUGUUUCCGUGGCUGACAAUAAUGCUAUAACAUGAUUUUGAUACUAUACUCAUAUUACAGAAUUCAUGACUGUGUGAAUCAAACUGCACGUCUGCUAUGAUAUGUUUGAUAUCCUACGUGUUUUCAGUGUCAGGGGACACUUGGUUUAAUGACAUGAAAUCCAUUUGAACUGAGCUCUCAUCUCCAUGUAGCAGUAGAUGUGUUUGUUCUGUCAGGUUCAUGUCACUGAUGGAUACUCGUCUCUGUUCUGUCAGGUUCAUGUCACUGAUGGAUACUCGUCUCUGUUCUGUCAGGUUCAUGUCACUGAUGGAUACUCGUCUCUGUUCUGUCAGGUUCAUGUCACUGAUGGAUACUCGUCUCUGUUCUGUCAGGUUCAUGUCACUGAUGGAUACUCGUCUCUGUUCUGUCAGGUUCAUGUCACUGAUGGAUACUCGUCUCUGUUCUGUCAGGUUCAUGUCACUGAUGGAUACUCGUCUCUGUUCUGUCAGGUUCAUGUCACUGAUGGAUACUCGUCUCUGUUCUGUCAGGUUCAUGUCACUGAUGGAUACUCGUCUCUGUUCUGUCAGGUUCAUGUCACUGAUGGAUACUCGUCUCUGUUCUGUCAGGUUCAUGUCACUGAUGGAUACUCAUCUCUGUUGCAGACUUCAUGUUACAACUCUCUAGAAAUAGGGAUUGUCAAGCUUUCUUGGUAUUGGUCAGUUCAACGUCAACUGCCCUACUAACAAGUACCCACAUGGCACAGACAUCAGUUCAACGUCUUGUUUUGAUUUACAGUUGGUUGAGUUGUCCGUUCAGUGUGAAAUCAACAAAAAAACUGUCAUUGUCACAGGUUAAACGUUGGGUGAAAAAAAGACGAAAUGCCCUAUUACUGAUUACUUUUUGCAAAUCCAAUUAUUUUCCCACGUUGAUUCAACGUCAUGACAUAGAUUUUUGGGGUUGAAAUUACGUGGAAACAAUGUUGAUUCAACCAGUUUUUGCCUAGAGGGUAGACUAUCAUCAUUUUAGUCUAUAUUCACUUGAAACUAUCACUGUGUUAUUUUAUUUAAGAGGUUUAUUGGUCAUUUGUAAACCUAAAACACAGGACAAGAAUACUUUUGUCUAUGUAAUAGAAAAUAAUAAAGUUGUACUUUUUUAGAGCCACCUACAUGGGGUCUGCCAUACAUUUCCUACGAUUACACAAAUGCACCUACCGUAUGAGAGCUUUGUAUUGCAAAUACCCUUUAGCUAAUGAACAGUACUGAAAAAUGUAGUAUUUUAACACAUUUAGCUCCAAGGAUGAAAGUAAAGGCCACCAAUAUAUUUAAAAUGCCCACUUAUGACAUGAUAACUUAAUUUACAAUGACGAUAUGGAGGUAAUGGGCAUUAUGUUUACAUGAAUAAAUGCCCUCAGUGGUGAUUGUUUCAUGUUGCACCAUUUGAAUAAAACAUCUGCUUUGUAUAUGCGAGCGUUCUUGUUUGGGAUUCAUUCAAAUAAUUAACAGAUGUAUAAUGUGCUUAAUAUUGAAUUGGGUUGCGUUAGGCUGUGGAUAUUUAGUUGUUGUAUUUGUUGCGGUAUUUCAAUGUUGUUAACAUGUGAAGCUGCAAAAAAUGCUGGGGAAAAAUGUGUAAACAUCACAAUAUACACUGAGUGUACAGAACAUUAGGUCCACCUUCCUAAUAAUGAGUACCCCAGAACAGCCUCAAUUCAUCAGGCCAGGGACUCUACAAGGUGUGGAAAGCGUUCCACAUGGAUGCUGGCCCAUGUUGACUCCAAUGCUUGUUGACUCCAAUGCUUCCCACAGUGUCAAAUUGUCUGGAUGUCCUUUGGGUGGUGGACCAUUCUUAAUACAUACAAGAAACGGUUGAGUGUGAAAAAAUGUUGUGUUGCAGUUCUUGACACAAACCAGUGUGUCUGGCACCCACUACCAAACCCUGUUCAAAUGAACAGAAAUAUUUUGUCUUGCCCAUUCACCCUCUGAAUGGCACACAUUCACAAUCCAUGUCUCAAUUGUCUCAAGGCUUAAAAAUUCUUGUUUCACCUGGAUUCACCUGGCCAGUCUUGUCAUGUUUAGUACACUCAGUAUAUUUUAUUAUAAACAAUCUGUAAAGAAUGUGUAUAUUUUUAUUUGACAGAAGAGCAUGACAGCAGAAUUGACAGAAGAUCAUGACAUAGCAGAAUUGACCGACGAUCAUGACAUAGCAGAAUAGACAGAAGAUCAUGACAUAGCAGAAUUGACAGAAGAUCAUGACAUAGCAAAAUUGACAGAAGAUCAUGAGUCCCUUUUCUUUUUGCAACAACACAUUUAACAUUCCACGCAAAUCUCUUCUAUACUGCAUAUCAAAACAACAAUGGAUUACAUAGUAUUACAUAACAAAUAUGGAUCAUUUCUAUACAUUUUAAAUGACUUCUCUCACUACUGCUUAUCUAAACAAUGCAGAAUUAGCACCACACAGUCAUACAAGUCUUAUUUUGAAAUAGACCCAAUAUAUCAUGUUUGAGAUUUGUUAUUAUAGCUUAUGUCCUUAAAACAGAGGCGGAGUCCCUAAUGGAGGGACCUGGCCAAAGGUAGUGCACAAUCUAGGGAAUAGGUUGCCAUUUGGGCGCAUCCAGCGAGGCCAAACACAGAUAACAAGCUAAUACCCCCCCACCCAAUGCAAUACAGAUCACCAUGCCUACAUUAAGCAUAGAAGCCCAACCAGUUCACAUUGUGGUGUCUUCUGUACUUUAGCUACAGGUGUACAAUAGUAGUGAUCCUAGUAAAAGGACUUGCUCAAUGACUCUCCAAUGAAGCCCCAAAUUAUUUAGGCUUUAGUGUUUUUUUCUUGUACAUAAGGUCUUAUUUGUGCAGUUUACUUGUUUAGUAUUUUUCUAGUAUGUGUAGUGUUCUUCUUUUGAAAUUAUGUUUCAUGUACAGUACAAUGAUGAUGUGUUUUUCAUGUGAAGAAGUUACUGAUUUCGGGGAAGUUAUGCUAUUUAACUAACUAAAGGUCUUGCUAUAUAACAUCAUGUCUAGUCUAGGUCCAUUAUGUAGCCUGGUCUUAUGCUUGUUCAGCACCAUAUUUAAAAUAAAAUGCAUUUUAUAUAUUGUGAUUCAAAGCUGUUCUGAAGCAGAUUGUUGAUGCCAGAAUCCACAUUUUUACAAUGCCCUUUUUUGCUAAUAUUGUAGUUUUGCCAAGAAACCGGAUUUGAGGAAAUACAGAGUAUCAAAUAGGAACAUAGUUUGCUACUUAUUUUUAUUUCAAUUGUAUUUAUCCAUUUAGGCUUUCUCUAAACUGGUUUUGCUGCUAUACAGUAAUGCUCUCAAAACGUAUUUAAAACCAUAUUAUGACCCACCAUAAGGUUAUCUAAGUGUAUGUAGCAGCUUAACGUUUCUGAUAUUGUAUUCACAACUGCUUGUCAUUUUAUUUUAGUCAAAUAAAUGUUUAGUGUGUUAA